AUGCUGAAAGACAUCCUUGUACUUGGAGCUCUUGGGAAGUCAAUAUCAACCAUCGACAACUCCCUCGACAGCAGAGGACUUUGUUCUCAUACUCAUCAGCAUACACAGAAUAAACACAACAGUCAUUCACCACCAAUAACCAUCCUGCAACAACCGAAUUCUACAACCAUGGCUAGUUUACCACUCAAAGUGAAAGCUGCCAUCCGUGAUCACUGGACAAACGAGGAAAGCCCCCUCCGAAAGGCCAUCAAAGACCUGAAGGAAGUCCUCGGCCUCGACAUCGACGUUGAGCCGGAUUGGCAACUUCUCCUGGCCGAGCUGGACGCAGAGUACCCUGACAAGGGUGACUUGGCUGCUGCUGUCGCCGGCACGGUCGAGACCUGGUUCAAGGCCACGACAGAACUUCUCAAUGACGACAAGAACGAGGCGUGGACGGAGGAACUGCUUGAGAAGCUCCAGUCCACAUAUAGCAGGUUGCGACUAUUCAUCGAGAAGUCAACUCUGCAGGUUUCCCGAGACGACCAGGCAUCGACAGUAUGGUCCGAAGAGCGGGGCGGCUUCAUCAUUUCGCUGCCGAAGCGCCAACUCACCAUUCCCACGGAACUCUUUCCCCUCUUCUCGGGCGAGAUUAAGGAUUGCUUCUCAGACAAGCAGCUGCCCCCGUACUCCAUGUCGCCGGGCGACGAGUGGGCCGACGUGGGCCUGGACGUGCGGACGUCCAACCUCUCGCUAGCGGCUGACAGGCGGGGACCACUGGCCUCUCCGACGACGAGAGCUCCAGAUUUCAUCCCCCGCGUGGACGCCCUGCCCCGUCCAGACGACCUGCUCAACAAGCCGCCGUAUCACCUCUUCAUCUACGCCCGGAGCGCCCACGAGAUUGAGAUCCAGGGGAGCCACAGCGGCACGCUCAAGUUCCUAUCUGACUAUUUCAAAAAGUGGCGCCGGGCAAACCACCAGCUCAGCAGCAAGCCCCCUGCCGUCGAAGUCAGGCUCCACCAAUGCGCAUUCGGUCUAGGUGCCAUCAUCGACCGUCUGGUCCUGGUUUCAGAGAACAGAGGCGGAACAUUCUCCGUCACGCCGCCCAUUGUGCUCUCUCUCGUUGAGGGCGUGCUCGGUUACAAGCAGGUGUACUCUGAUGCCCAUUCUUGGACAUACCGGAGAGAUACCGAGUUGAGGACUAUGUAA